AAUUUGACUUUUAAAGAGGGCGGUUGUACGAUGCCCUUUUGGUGUGUUACUACCCUAGGCAGUAAAGCUGCACAGUGCACAUCUGGAACGUUGAUAGUUAUGCGAUGCAACACAUGGGAUUCCUUGUGUUUAGUGUGACUGUUUUCGAAGUUUACAUGUUGCUUUGUAGUCGUGUGUGUUCGGUGGAUGUUGUGAUUCUGAAGAAUGACAAAUAGCAUCUCGAACUCGGAUAGCUGCAACACAUUUAUACUCACGGAAACCUAACCUCAACAACUACUUCGUGUACUUAACCAUGAUAAUGUUGAAAGCAUAUUUGCUGCGGAAUUUGCCUGAAAAACUCUGCUACAGAUUAAAUCAUUGCGUUAGAUCUGUGAAUGUGAAACACAAAAAAUGUGAUCAAACGGUACGAUCAUACUCUACUCGCCCUAUUGCUCCUGCUUGGAAUGUUUUGUUUUUCGGCACCGAUGAUUUUUCAGCAGAAAGCUUAACAGCUCUUUGUAAUGAAAUGAAACUGCUAAGAGUCGUGGGUCAUCUAGAGGUUGUGACAUCGACAAAAUCUCGUAAACCAAACCCUGUACAGAGGAUUGCACAGCAGGAAAACCUCGCAGUUCAUCCAUGGCCGUUGGAGUCUGUGCCACCAGGAUUUCACAUUGGUCUUGUAGCAUCUUUUGGACACCUCAUUCCCAAGAAGAUAAUUGAAAUGUUCCCUUUAGGCGUUCUGAAUGUACAUGCCAGUCUCCUGCCUCGUUGGAGGGGUGCAGCUCCCAUUGUAUAUGCCGUAUUCAAUGGGGACACGAAAACAGGAGUUUCCAUAAUGCAGAUUAUGCCACACAGGUUUGAUGUUGGCCCAGUACUGAAGCAGAUGGCUUGCCCCAUAGGUCCCCACGAAACGGCAGCUGACGUCCAGACCCGCCUCGCACGGCUUGGGGCUGAAGCUCUCCUGGAAGUCGUACGACAUCUGCCUCACUCCCUGGAUGACGCCUUGCCACAGCUGGAAGAUGGGGUGACAUAUGCUCCUAAGGUGACCCCAGCCCUGUACUGCGUGGACUGGCACAAGAUGGCAGCUGCCGACGUCUACAACCUGUGCCGUGCCCUCGGCCACGUCACCUCGAACUGGCACGGCACGGCAGUCCGGCUGGCGCUUCCCGACGCACCCCCAUCAGCGCCCUCACACGUCUCCUCGCUUCCUGCGACUGCCAUCCGGGGCGGCGAUGCGGCCUCCUCGAGGACUCCACGUAGAGCACUGUCGACAGAGAGUUUUAUGGGGGAGCAAUCCACUCCAGGAAUGGUCCGCAUCCACAGGGCCGGUGCCAGGCUGAGGGUGAUGUGCGCGGAUGGCAGCUGGCUGGCCUUUGCAAAAGUCACCAUCAUUGGGAAAAAGCCCAUGUCAGCGAUUGACUUCUAUAAUGGUUUCCUGUCAAAAGUGCCUUUGGAUGAUUGGAUCCUCACAUGACCGCUGGGCGAAAUGGAAUACGUAUUAUUUGUAAUGCUGGAGUCUCAGGUGAAGAAAUAAGCUGGUUUGUGAUAAAACUUUGAGAAGAGAAUGUAAGAUGACUGUGUGAGUUAUGCACUCACAAACUGUACAUUUCUAGUCAUUCAGCUGGUUAUACAGUUUUUUAGCAAUAAAUACUUUUG